CAGAAAUAGAGAGACAAAGAAAAAAUAGUAAGAAACAACAAUAAAUAAGAAAGAGGAAGGAGAAAACGAAUAUAGAAGCCAUUAAUGGUAGAGAGCUUAGAAUAUUAACAGAGACGGUUGGUGGUCUCAAAAUUGAAAAUAGGGACGUCUCGACCGAAAAGCCCUUUCUCCGUUUAUCAAAUCUUGAAGCAAACGAGCGAGGUCACAUCGCCCAUUGUUGCUUCAGAUCCCUGCUUUUAAAAUUUGAGUUCAUGAGAGUUUUGUAGAUUUGGGUAUUUUUGUGUAGAUCGAUUGAUUUUACUGGGAAAAAAGGUUGUACAAAUGGCGGUGGAAUCUGGGCCUGUGACUCCUGGGCAGGUGUCGUUUUUGCUUGGGGUCAUUCCAGUCAUUGUGGCUUGGAUAUACUCCGAAUGGUUGGAGUAUAAGAGGUCAUCGUCCCUUUCAAAAGUCCACUCAGAUAAUAAUUUGGCUGAACUAGAAAGUGACACAAUCAAGGAUGAUGAUCGGGCUGCUUUGAUGGAAGGGGGUCUUACAAAAUCUUUAUCAUCUACAAAGUUUACCAGUCCUUCUAUUAAAACAAACAUAAUCAGGUUUUUGUCAAUGGAGGACUCAUUUUUGCUGGAAAAUCGGCAACUUUUAAGGGCAAUGGCUGAGUUUGGAUGGAUUUUGUUCUAUUUCUACUUAUGCGACCGCACAAAUGUUUUUGCGGAUUCAAACAAGAGCUACAACCGCGAUCUAUUCCUCUUCCUCUACAUUCUCCUUAUCAUAGUUUCGGCAAUGACUUCUUUCAAGAAACAUAACGACAAGUCUGCAUUUUCGGGGAAAUCCAUCCUAUAUCUGAACCGGCAUCAGACUGAAGAGUGGAAAGGAUAUAUGCAGGCAAGCAAUUUGGUCUUGUUUUUGAUGUACCAUUACUUUGCCGCAUCAGAGAUCUACAAUGCAAUUCGUGUUUUUAUAGCUGCAUAUGUUUGGAUGACUGGUUUUGGAAACUUCUCUUACUACUACAUCCGUAAAGAUUUCAGUCUUGCUCGAUUUGCUCAGAUGAUGUGGAGGCUAAAUUUUUUCGUGGCAUUCUGCUGUUUCGUUCUUAACAACGACUACAUGCUAUACUAUAUCUGCCCUAUGCAUACUCUCUUUACACUCAUGGUCUAUGGAGCCCUUGGUAUAGGUUACAAUUAUAACGAGAUAAGAUCGGUGAUGGCUCUGAAAAUCUUUAUGUGCUUUUUUGUUGUGAUAUUGGUGUGGGAAAUUCCGGGUGUUUUCGAAAUUUUGUGGAGUCCUCUCACUUUCUUGUUAGGGUAUAGUGACCCGGGAAAACCAGACCUUCCACGGCUACAUGAAUGGCAUUUUAGAUCAGGACUCGAUCGAUACAUAUGGAUUGUUGGAAUGAUCUAUGCUUACUUUCACCCAAAUGUUGAGAAGUUGAUGGAGAAAUUGGAAGAAGCUGAGGCCAAGCGGAGGCGCACAAUAAAAACAUCUAUUGCCACAAUCGCUUUAGUUGUAGGGUAUUUGUGGUAUGAAUACAUAUACAAGCUGGACAAAGUUGCAUACAACAAGCUCCAUCCUUACACAUCGUGGAUCCCCAUAACGGUCUAUAUUUGCUUACGUAACUUCAGUCAGGAACUUCGUAAUUUUUCUUUGACCCUCUUUGCGUGGCUUGGCAAAAUAACUUUGGAAACCUACAUCUCCCAAUUCCACAUAUGGCUGAGAACAAAUAAGCCCAAUGGACAGCCCAAGUGGCUGCUCUGUUUCAUUCCACAGUAUCCUUUGCUUAAUUUCAUGCUCACAACAGCCAUUUACACCUUGUAUUUUUGUUUCGCCAUGGUAGGAGCUGUUGAGCUGCAGACUGACAUCAAUGUUUUGAAUCCCACUGCGAAAAACUCACCGGAAGAGAACACCGAAACCAACAACAAGACAUCCUUAACAAUCCCCUUCCUUAGACAAUACAAAUGGUGGAUCCAAAUGAUAAUCUACUCGUUUUUCGUCCUCGCCGGACAAUCCGUGGGCACUAUAUUGGGCCGGGUGUAUUUUAACAAUGGCGGUAAAAGUGAAUGGAUGGCCACAUUAGUCCAAGUCAUCGGCUUCCCGAUUCUCAUCCCUUUCCAAUGGCUCACAUCCAAGAAAAAAUCCAACAACCAAAUUCAAACAAACACGGUUAAAAAACCGUUCCCUUUAGCCCUAGCCGUAUUUUACGUAGCAAUCGGCAUUUUUGUUGCUGUCGAUUGCUUGCUUUACUCGAUAGGCCUUCAAUAUCUCCCGGUCACGACCUAUACUCUAAUCUGCGCUAGCCAGUUGGGUUUCAAUGCCCUUUUCUCGUUUUUCCUCAACAAACAAAAAUUCACUCCGUACAUUGUGAAUUCCUUAGUUUUGCUAACGAUUUCAUCCGUGCUCCUCGUUUUUCAAACCGAUCCCGGAGACUCGAACAAAGUCUCGGAAAAAAAGUAUGCGAUCGGGUUUUUAUGCACGUUGGGUGGCUCCGCAGGUUACGCGCUAAUGCUUUCCCUAACGCAGCUCGCUUUUCAUAAGAUCAUCAAGAAAGAGACGAUCAAUGCAGUGAUCGAGCUGACGAUUUAUCAGAAUUUGGUGGCGAGUUUUGUGGUGAUAAUCGGGGUUUUCGCGAGUGGGGAUUGGGAGAAGUUGGGUCGGGAGAUGAGGGGUUAUAAAUCGGGAGAGGUUUCGUAUGUUAUGAACUUGGUUGGGACUUCGGUUUGUUGGGCCACGUUUGGAGUGGGCUGUGUUGGGCUGGUUUUCAAGGUGUCGUCGUUGUUUUCGAACGUGAUUAGUAUUUUGGGCCUGCCCGUGGCCCCGGUGCUAGCCGUGAUUUUCUUGAAGGAUAAGAUGACGGGCUUGAAGUCCGUGGCUAUGUUGCUGGCCUUGUGGGGGUUCGUUUCGUAUGUUUAUCAACAUUACUUGGAUGAAUUGAAGAUGAAGGAGGAGAAAAGCAGAUUGGAUUGUGAGCAAGCUGGGAAAGUUGGUCUUGUAGCUGAUGAAUGAGUGUAGUUUGCUGUUUUUAUUUUUUUUUAUUUUUUUUCUCAGGAAAUAUAUAAUUUAGUGUUGAGGGAAAAAAAGGUUUGUUUAUGCAAUGUAUGACAGUUUCCUUAAGUUAUUUUCAUGCAGGAUUGUUGAAAUGGGUUUUUAAUUUUAUGAAGAAAAGGAAUUUUUCUGAGGACAAAAAAGGUUUGUGAAUGCUACAGUAAACAAGUUAAGUGUGUGUGAUUACAUAAUCUAGAAAUCCUUGUGUGGAUUAGGCUGG